CCCUGGUUCAUGACCCCAAAAUCCAUGACAUAAACGCAUUAAACCUCCUCGUCCAUGGAGGGAACUCACUCGCGAUGAUCUGCGAGAUACUGAUCACUGCGCAUCCGAUCCGCGCCGCGCAUGCGCUGUACGGUGUCGGCGCAGGCGUCGCUUACGGAGUCUUCAGCGCCAUCUAUUGGUCGUGCGGCGGUACUGACCGAUUCGGAAUGCCAGCCAUAUACCCAGCCUUGGAUUGGAAUAAACCUGGCUCAGCGUUCGGCUUCGUAGCACUAUGCGCGGUGGUUCUUCUGUUCGCGCACGCGUUCGCGACCUGCCUCGCGAUGUUGCGCGCGCGCAUCGCCUCGCGCUUCCGACCCUCGCGCAACGCCGACCGCCUUGCGCUACCAACGCACUGAGAGUACAGGAAAUCUCUCUAAAGGGGAAGCUCUCAAUUUUGAAGACAAGCCACUUUAAUUAGCAGCUUGCUAGCUCUACAGCUAUUUUAAUAAGAAUAGAAAUAAUCGUAACACUUCCCCUUAUAAUGCCAAUGUUUCAGGCAGGGAAUAUCAAGACUAGAGAGAUUGGUGGCAUCAUUAUGUUAAUUAUUAUAAUUUCUCAUUGUCCUACUUUAUCACUCCAACGUCCAGGUUAGCUGUAAGAUUCAUACAUGUGCCAUUUAGCGCGUCCCAGUGAAUUAUCAUUAAAUCCAACAAUUUUUGUACUUAGCUACAAUCAAUAGAUGUAAAACUAGGUUGACCGACGAUCUGAUGAAAGUCGCGGGAUGACCUGGAUGCGGGCAGCGCAGGACUGGUCGUUAUGGAAAAUCUUUGGGGAAAGCCUUUGUCCAGCAGUGGACGUCAUUGGGCUGAAACGAAGAUGAAUAAUAUUUGGGCUAUUAGAUUUAUUAAAAUGUGAAACAAUAGGUACCCCAUUUCAUCAAUAUUUAUUUAUUUUUAGUUAACUACCUCAAGAUAGUAAUAAAUAAAAAAAAACACAGACAAGUAUUUGUUUUACUACGGUGAAGGUUUUUGAAUAAUUUAUUGUUUCCACGGAUUUUACAAGUUUAUAAUUUCUUGAUGAUGAUCAAAAGCUAACGGACUCUUAAAAACGCUUUUUAAAAUAAUAUACAAAUAGAUUAAUAUAAUAAUAUAAAAUAAAUAAUUACUGCAAUGGUGUAGUGUGCCUUCUCUUGUCUUAUGCAUAGAAUAACAGGUUGAUUCUUUUAACUUUGAGAUAUUUGUACAUAAUACAAUGUUUGUAUUUAAUGUGGCUGGUUUCACAAA